AUGGAGUCCUCACGCCCCUCAGAAAAGCCCCCAGCCGUUGAGCAUGUCGAAACUAGCGAUGACGCGCCCGUCAAAGGGGACGCAGCAGUGGAUGCAGCAACGAGAGGGCAGGCCAUGACCGGAUACGAGCAUCUCAGUGUCAUGGAAACAAUCAAGACUUUCAAACUGGCCAGCCUCAUAUGCGUGGCUAUGGCCUUCAGUGCCGCUACCGACGGAUAUCAGAUUGGUAUCAACGCCAGUGUUAUCGCCAACAAGGGCUUCGUGGCUCGCUUUGCCACGAAGAAAUCGCACAAUGGUUCUCCCGCACUCGCCUCCUCGAUCCUCAGCGCGUGGAGUUCGAUCAUGUCCUGCGGUCAAAUCGUAGGCAUGACAAGCUUGCCAUUCUUGUCCAGUCGAUACGGGAGGAAAAUCGCCAUGUACACCUACUGGUUUAUCUUGGUCGGUAGCGUGAUUGCCGAGUGCACUACACGGUCGUGGCAGGGCUGGUUGGUGGCCAAACUCCUGGCAGGAAUCGGAGUGGGAUGCGUGCAAUCCACCGUGCCAGCAUACAUAUCAGAAGUGGCCCCGACGCGUAUCCGUGGUGCAUUGUUGAUGGCAUAUAGUUUCUGGUGGACGCUGGGGUCCUUCUUCGCCCAGGUUGCGCUGCAGCAUCUCUCACGGAGUGACCCGACAGAUUACCUCACCCCAGUCUACACCCAGUGGGCACAGCUCGGCGUCAUGUUGCUCGUCUAUCUCCUGGUUCCGGAGACGCCCGCAUGGUGUGUCAGUGCCGGCAAGCUUGACAGAGCCAAAAAGGAGCUGCUGAAGCUCCAUCGAGGAGUCAAAGACUACGAUGCCGACCAUCAGCUACAGGUCCUGGUACUGGCGGUGGAACACGAGCGUGCCGUGGCAAUUGAACAACGCCGCGAGAAAUGGUACGCCAUCUUCCGGGGAACUGACGGAUUACGAACGGUCAUCUCGCUCUGGACGAAUCUCUCGCAGCAAUUCAUCGGUCUCACCCUGUUUGGAUCGUUUGGCACGUAUUUCUUCCAGCAGGCCGGGAUUGAUGACCCGUUCAGAGUCAAGGUCAUCACCUCGUCUAUUCAGAUCGGCACGGUGCUGGUGCUGGUGGCCGUUGUAGACUUUGUGGGAAGGAGGUAUCUCGCAUGUGGUGGGACAACCCUCUCGUGGCUGUCCUGCGUCGCCAUCGGCAUCAUAGGGGUCACACCGCGGGUGAAGGCCUCUACAUAUAUUUUCGUCAUGUUUGCCUGUUUCUGGAAUGUCGGCCUGGCCGCGAACGGAGCCACCGGAUGGGGGUAUAUCGGCGAGAUCUCCUCCCAGCGUCUGCGCCCGUAUACCGCCGGCUUCGGUGCCGCAACAACCUGCGUAGUGGGAGUUGUGAUGAAUGUCCUCGUACCUUACAUGACCAAUGUCAAUGAAUGGAAUUGGGGCCUCAAGACGGGCUGGUUCUACGCGGGUGUCGGGUUCCCCUUUGCGCUGGGAAUGUGGUUUUUGAUUCCUGAAACUGCUGGUCGUUCCUCCGCGGAACUGGAUGAGUUGUUUGAGAGAAGAAUCAAGCCAUGGAGAUUCCAUAAGACGCAGACAGCGACUCAGCGCCUUGUUCAGGAGAAUAAGCGCGAGGAGCUCUAG